UAUAUAAUCAUAAUUAUAUACUACAUAUAUAUUUAUCAUCAAACCUUUGAGCGCCUCUUCCAUCUUCAUCUUUCUGCUACAGAUUUCAAAACCCAAAUCAGGUAAGGCAAAAAAGAAAAAGAAAAUGGUGGAAAAGACUAAGGGAAGAAAGGAAGAAGUUGUGACUAGAGAGUACACCAUCAAUCUCCACAAGCGUCUUCAUGGAUGCACUUUCAAGAAGAAGGCACCAAAAGCAAUCAAGGAGAUCAAGAAGUUUGCACAGAAAGCCAUGGGAACAACAGAUGUGAGAGUGGAUGUCAAACUAAACAAACAAAUUUGGAGCCGUGGAAUCAGAAGUGUCCCAAGAAGAGUCAGAGUUCGCAUUGCUCGCAAGAGGAAUGAUGAUGAAGAUGCUAAGGAAGAACUCUACUCUCUAGUCACUGUUGCAGAGAUUCCAGUAGAAGGUUUGAAGGGUCUUGGCACCAAAAUCAUUGAUGAUGAAGAUUAGUUCAUCAAAUCGUAUCUUCUUGAAAUAUGCAGUUGAGAUUGCUUUUUCGAGUUUGGUUUUUGAUCUUUGGUACCUUUAUUAUGAUUGUAGUGUUUACAUUUUCAGUAAGUUCACCUUUUUGGUAUCUAGAACCUUCAAUAUGUUGCAUGUGAUGAAAGAAUUUGAUACUCAUGUUCAUGUUUUGAGAAAAAGAUUUAUGACGUUGUGUUUA